ACAAUCCGGCGACGUUAUUUUAUUUAUUUUUCCCGUGGUGAGUAGCCCAACGUGUUGUCAACAAACCCAUUUGCGGCGCUUUCCCCGUCCCGAAAAAUGUCUUUCAUGGACGAAGAAUCUUCAGAUGUUGGCAUGGCGGGUCGAACAAAGAUGGAGAGCUUCCUGUUCAGUUGCGAGCUCUCUUCCAAAGUUCCCUUUUACUGCAUCCAGGGAGAUGAUGAGGACGACGACCUGGAGCACUUCAUUGAAUUCAGAACGAUAUGUCUGGGGGAAGGUGCCCUCGAGGAGAAUAACGUGGUGGAGGUGACAGCGAUGAACCACCAAGGAAAGACAACUUCGGUGCCCAUUGCUAACCUUCACAUCGGUUGCUUACCAAUGGUGAGCUUGGGUGAGUUUGAGGUAAAAGCACCAUUAACCAUCCGCCUGAAGGCUGGCUCAGGACCAGUGACCAUCAGCGGCCUGCACCUUAUUGCUUCAGAGGUUGACGAAUCCGACUUGGAGGAAGAGGAGGAUGAAGAUAUGGAGGACGAUGACGACAACACAGAGGAAGAAGACAUCAGCCCGAUCAAACCGGCAAAGAAGAAGAACAAGCAGCAGCUGCAGUAGCUUUCGUCUCAGUCGAGGGUUUUAGCCCUCCCCCCAAUGAGACGUUGUCAGCAAAGAAUUCUCGGACACUUUUGACCACGUUGGCACAGGACAUUUCCAAACACCUCAGCUAUAUUCCUGGUGGCAGCCCAACAUACUGCUUGGGCGAAUCACCCUCAGACUUUCAAGCGCUUAUUCACAGCACAUGACUGAACUGUGGACAUGAACUGUUUUUUGCUUUUAAAUGGUUCCUCUUUUCCUUGUAUGCAAGUCAUAGUAAGAUGCCACCGUUGAAGCUAUUUUGUAACUUUCAUAAUAAAAGUGUUGCCUUUG